UUACUGUGUUAGUGUUGUUGCCUAUUUCGUAUGAUUUUUAUAGUUUUAAAUUCUUUUAGGUUCAAUGAAGAUGAGGAAGACAACUAUUGAAUCAUUUUUCAAAAGAAAAGAGAGAGAUGAUGAAGAAACACUGUCUAAUACACCAAUUUCAAAUUUAGAUACAAAUGUUGAUGAUGUUGCUGAAGUUGAUGAGCAACAGCCACCUCCUCCCAAAGCUUUGAGGACUGAACAAGAAACAAUUGAGAGUGGUACCUUGAUUCGCGAUCCUGGAAAACGUUUACAAAUUUGGAACUAUCCUAUUAAUCAACAAGAUGAUAUUCGUAGGGCGUAUGUGAAGUUUGGACCAUAUCAAUUUUUAAUGGAUUUGUAUCCACUUUCAGGUCUUGAAGAUCAUCCUCGCCGAUUUCAAGCUCAUUGGUUUAGAAUGUUUUCUUGGUUAGAAUAUUCACCGGAAAAAGAUGCUGCCUAUUGUUUUCCAUGUUUUUUAUUUUCUAAAAAACCAAGUCCAUUCACUUCGGCAGGAUUUAGAAAUUGGAAGAAAGUGAAUAAUGGAAAAGAUUGUGCAUUUUUAUCUCACAUGGGGAAAAAUAUUAAUUCUGUUCACAAUGCUGCUCUUAGAUGUUUAGAAGAUUUCAAGAAUCAAUCAUGCCACAUUGAUAAAGUGUUGAACAAGCAAACUUCACAGCAAAUUCUAAGCAAUCGGUUGCGUCUUAAAGUAUCCAUCGAUGUGGUUAAAUGGUUGACAUUUCAAGCUUGUGCUUUUAGAGGACGUGAUGAGAGUUUGUGGUCAACAAAUCGAGGUAACUUUCUUGAAAUGAUUAAACUCUUAGCUUCUUAUAAUAACGAAGUAGAUCAAGUUGUCUUGGAGAAUGCUCCUCAAAAUGCAAAAUACACUUCACCUACUAUUCAAAAAGAAAUUUUAAAUGUUUUUGCUAGAAGGGUGCAAAAUGAAAUUCGAGAAGAGAUUGGUGAUGCAAAAUUUUGUUUGAUUAUUGAUGAAGCUCGAGAUGAAUCUAAGAGAGAACAAAUGGCUAUUGUUAUUAGAUUUGUUGAUAAGAAUGGAUUUGUUAAAGAGCGCUUCUUGGAUUUAGUACAUGUGAAAGAUACUACAUCAUCCACUCUUAAGCAAGAAAUCUGUUUAGUAUUGUCUAAUCAUAAUCUCAACAUUGAAAAUAUUAGAGGCCAAGGAUAUGAUGGAGCUAGUAAUAUGCGUGGAGAGUGGAAUGGUUUGCAAGCUCUUAUUCUUCAAGAAUGUCCUUAUGCAUAUUAUGUACAUUGUUUGGCUCAUCAGUUACAAUUAGCUCUUGUUGCUGCAUCUAAAGAUUCAAGUGAUGUUCAUGCUUUUUUUCAAAACUUGAGUAGGAUUGUUAAUGUUGUGUGUUCUUCUUGCAAACGCAAUGAUGAGUUACAUGAUGCUUAUGAGACUGAAAUUGCACGUUUGGUUGCAAAUGAUGAGAUUGAAACUGGGAGGGGAGCUAAUCAAAUUGGCACACUACAAAGACCUGGAGAUACUAGAUGGAGUUCUCAUUUCAAUUCAAUAUGUAGCCUUCUACGCAUGUUUAAUGCAACUACUUCAGUUCUUGAAGAUUUGGUGGUUAAUGGAACUGGCUCUCAACGAGGUGAUGCUACUUAUGCUUUCAGAGUAUUGAUGUCUUUUGAAUUUGUUUUCAUUUUACAUGUUAUGAAAGAAAUUAUGGGAAUCACAGACAAGCUUUGUCAAGCUUUGCAGCAAAAGAAUCAAGACAUUGUGAAUGCUAUGUGUUUGGUUUCUAGCACAAAGUCACUAAUUCAAAAGUUAAGGGAUUUUGGUUGGGAUUCUCUUUUAGAAAAUGUUAACUCUUUUUGCAAUAGCCGAGGUGUACCAAUUCCUGAUAUGAGUGCUACUUACUCUGACAUAAUUCGAACUCGGCUUAAAAAGGAUUCUGUGACAGUUGAGCAUCAUUAUCGUGUAGAUAUAUUUACUGCAGCGAUAGAUUAUCAAUUGAAAGAAUUGAAUAGUAGAUUCAGCGAGCAAUCAACUGAACUUCUUAUGUUGAGUGUAGCUUUGGAUCCUAAAGAUGCAUUCAAAUCAUUUAAUGCUUGUGAUAUUUGUAGUCUAGCUAAGAAAUUUUACUCUUCAGAUUUUUCUGACCAAGAAAUGAUUCAUAUGGAAUAUGAAUUGCAACAUUAUGAGUUUGAUGUGCCAAAGGAUCCCAAAUUUCAUAAUUUGUCAACUCUUGGUGAAUUAUGUCAAAAACUAGUAGAGGUUGGCAAAUCAAAUGUUUAUCCUUUAAUUGAUCGAUUGAUACGACUUGUUCUUACUCUGCCCGUGUCAACAGCAACUACAGAACGUGCUUUUUCAGCUAUGAAGAUUAUAAAAACAAGUUUGCGCAACAAGAUGGAAGAUGGUUUUCUUACUGACUACAUGAUUGUUUAUAUUGAGAAGGAGAUUGCACGAAGAUUUACAACUGAUAUGAUAAUUGAUGAUUUUUACUUCAUGAAACAACGACGGGCACAACUUAAGAAAUAAAGGUACAUACUUGAAUAACUUGAUCUUGCAAUAUGUUCGAUAUAUUUAUCAAAUGUAAAUAUGAGAAAUAAUUUUUAUUAAAUUAUGUUAAUUAUUAUCUAGUUUUGUCAGAUAAUAUGCUUUUGAUACUUUAAUUUUCAUUUAUUAUAAAUUAUAUAUUAUUUAUUCUCGGCCCCCCAGUAUUGAAAUCCUGGCUCCGU